GAUUCAAUAUAAUAAUAUUAGUUUUGUUUGUUGUAAUAACUGUAGGAAUGUACAGUUAAAGCGGUGCAAUUUAUUAGAUUAAAUUAUUUUUGGUUGCAUGUUAUUAAGAGGAUUUAUUAAUUUAUUAUUGUUAUCGAAGGAAUUCGAACGUGCGCGUUUUCUGUUUGUACGAUUUUCGAGCGAGCUGACAACCAUGCGAUUUAACCGCGUAUAAUUUUAAAAAUUUCAGCUCGUUCAGUUUUAUUUCAGUUGGACGUUAAAUAGUAGGUGAGCCGCAACGUUCCUCGCUAAUAUUAGUUUCAGUCUCCAGCAGAAAAUAUUAAUAAAAAAAUCAUUUCAAAAAAAUAGUUUCGUGAUUUUCGGUUGAGUUGCGCGUCGGAAAAUCAUCGACCAAGAUAGUGAUUAGCGAAAAAAGCAGAACACAUACCAGCUCGUAAAAGUUAGCAUAAAAUAAAAAAAAACUCGCAAGGGGAUUCGUGGAAUGGCUGGAAUUGCAACUAAUAGUCGUCGAGGAUGGUCAAAUUUUCUAACAUGUCGACAGAUGUUAAAUAUAAUGGUGAUAAUAGGCUUCAUGUUCAACUACAUGUUGCGAGUGAACAUAACUAUUGCCGUUGUGGAUAUGAUAAAAUCGAACUCGACAAUCGCGGCAAAUUCGACGAAUCUCACCACGACAGCCGUACCGGUACGCAGCGACCAGUUCAAUUGGACAUCUUCCCAGAAAAACGACCUUUUAGGAAGUUUCUUCUGGGGUUACAUCUUGACGGAGCUACCAGGCGGCCGAAUGGCUGAGAUAGUGGGCGCGAAGCGGAUCUUCGGCGGCGGCAUGCUGAUGGCCAGCAUCCUUACCGUGCUGACGCCGGCGGCGAGCUACUGGAGUUUCUACGUGUCGGUGACGGUGCGCGCCCUGAUCGGGUUCUUCUUGGGCGCCACCUGGCCGGCCAUUCCCCCCAUGGCCGCCAAGUGGAUACCGCCGUUGGAGAGGUCCAAGUUCAUGGCGAACAUGAUGGCCAGCGCUCUGGGAGCCGCCCUAACGUUGCCCGUUUGUGGUUACUUAAUCACUGUAUCUGGUUGGGAAUCUGUUUUUUACGUAACUGGUGCCGUAGGGAUCGUAUGGUCUGUAUUGUGGUUCGUGCUGGUGUUCGAUUCCCCGGCCCAGCAUCCCCGCAUAACGCCCGAAGAACGUUUCGAAUUGGAGACAAAGAUUGCCGAAAUGGAGAGUUCGAAGACCACCAAGCCGGACAGGGUGCCGUGGAGGGCCCUGUUGACCAGCAUGCCCGUUUGGGCGAUCAUUAUUACCCACGGUUGCUCGGUAUUCGGUUACUUUACCGUGGUCAAUCAACUGCCUACCUAUAUGCAUAAUGUGUUGAAAUUCGAUAUUAAGCAGAACGGAGUUUUAUCGAGCCUACCUUAUUUCGGUAAAUACGCGAUGGCCGUGAUAGCGAGCUUCGUGGCGGACCGGCUGCGCCAAUCGGGCAGGCUCUCGACGACGGCGACCAGAAAAAUAUUCACCGCGUUCGCCUGCUCCCUGCCCGCCCUGAUGAUGCUCAUCCAGUCGAUCUGCGGCAACACGGCGGCGCUGUCGGUGACCGUGUUCACCUGCGCGCUGUUCUUCAACGGCGCCGUGACGGCCGGCUACCUCUCCAACCCGUUGGACAUCGCGCCGAACUUCUCGGGCACCAUCUUCGGCAUGGCCAACACGCUGUCGUCGAUAUCGGGCUGGGUGUCGACGAAGAUCGUGGCGCUGAUCACCGCCUCCGACAGCACGUUCGCCACGUGGCGGUACGUGUUCGCUAUCUUGGUGGGAACGUACGCGUUCGGGGCCGUGUUCUACCUGAUCUUCGGCACGGGGAAGCUGCAGAAGUUCAAUUCGGUGCCGUGCAACGUGGUGCAGGAGAAGGAGAUGCAGCCGCUCAGGACGCAGGUGGAAAUCGAGAAGGAGAAGGAGGCGAUGGCGUGAGGCGAGGCGCCCGCGGGGGCCGGUUAUGUUGCAUAAAAUGCACGCCGGUUGUUGUUUAGUGCGAAAUGACGUUAUCUGCGGCAUUUUAACGUUCCAUUCGAAUAGCCGGUGGGUUGGAUGACAAUCGGUUAUUUGAUCUCAUUUUGGUUGGAAUGCGGCAUGUACUGUUAUUUCUGCGGAUUUGCCGAAUUUUAAUCGGCGCAAUUCAUUAAGUAAAGAACGUUUCGUUUAAAAAAUUAUUUAUUAUCCAAACAAAUCUUUUGAUUUAACUAGUGGAACUAGUUACAUAUUAUUUUUUCGACGCAAAAAAUUCCUAUUUUUGAUUUUGUAAUGAAACGAUUAUUUUAUUAAUAAAAGUAAGAGUGACAGAAAGAGUUAUUA